UCAACAACAACAAUUCAUCCACCUCGGUAGCGUGCUAGCCAACAUAAAACCACAACAUUUAAGCUCUUUAGGCAAAGUAUAUUAACCUCAGUGUUUUAAACACACUGUCAGAGUAACGUUAACUAGUAAAUAGGCAAUUUAAUUUAACAUUUACGUUAUUAGCUAUCUGGCUAAGUAACACUCGGCUAAUGCUAACUAGCUUACUUUCUAACAUCCUCGACCAUGAGCUCACUAAGCUACUCCCUCCCUGCUAAAGAAGAGGCAGUCUGCUGGACGGAGAAAGAAGCCCCCGUGAAAGAGGAGGAAGAGGAGGCUGUUAUAGUUAAACAAGAAGUAGAGGACGAGACUGUUACAGUUAAACAAGAAGUAGAGGGUGAGGCUGUUACAGUGAAAGAAGAGGAGAAAGACGUGAAAGAGGAAGAAUUUACAGUGAAAGAAGAGGAAGAAUCUUUUAGAGUGAAAGAGGAGGAUGCAGUUUUUGGAAUGGAGGAGGAGGAGGGGGAGAUUACUGUCACGUUGGAGGAGGAAGGGAAGACUGGAGAUCUGAUUAACACGAGAGAAAGACCAGACUCGGAGGAACCAGAGACGUCCAAACCAGCAAGACGACGCAACUGUUCUCACUGUGGAAAGGGUUUUAACCAUUUAAGGGACCUGAAACGACAUGAGAGAAUACACACAGGGGAGAAGCCUUUCCAAUGCUCCCAGUGUGGAAAAAGUUUUUCCUUGUUAGCGAGCCUGAAACGACACGAGAGGACGCACACAGGAGAGAAGCCUCAUCACUGCUCCCAGUGUGGAAAGAGUUUUACCCAGUUAGGACACCUGAAAGUGCACGAGAGGAUACACACAGGGGAGAAGCCCUACCACUGCUCCCAAUGUGGAAAGAGUUUUAACCGGAAAGAAUCCAUGAAAGAGCAUGAAAGAAUACACACAGUGCAGAAGCAAGAGAAACCGUACCAUUGCUCCCACUGUGUAAAGGGUUUUAACCAGUUAGGGGACCUGAAAAUGCAUGAGAGAAUACACACAUGCGAUAAAUCUUUCCAAUGCUUCCAGUGUGGAAAGAGUUUUUCCGCAUCAGGGUGCCUGAAAAGACAUGAGAGAACACACACAGGGGAAAAACCUCAUCACUGCUCCCAGUGUGGAAAGAGUUUUAACCGAAACGAACACCUGAAAGAGCAUGAGAGAAUACACACAGGAGACAAGCCCUACCACUGCUCCCAAUGUAAAAAGAGUUUUGCCUGGUUAGGACACAUGAGAAGACAUGAGAGAACACACACAGGAGAUAAGGAUGUAGGCUGCUGAACAGUGGGUCAUAGGACAGAUGAAGGCUGAACAGUGGGACAUAGGACAGAUAUAGGCUGAACAGUGGGACAUAGAACGGAUAAAGGCUGAACAGUGGGACAUAGAACAGAUGAAGGCUGAACAGUGGGUCAUAGAACAGAUGAAGGCUGAACAGUGGGUCAUAGAACAGAUGAAGGCUGAACAGUGGGUCAUAGAACAGAUGAAGGCUGAACAGUGGGUCAUAGAACAUAUGAAGGCUGAACAGUGGGUCAUAGAACAGAUGAAGGCUGAACAGUGGGACAUAGGACAGAUGUAGGCUGAACAGUGGGACAUUGGACAGAUAUAGGCUGAACAGUGGAAAAGAGGACAGAUGAAGACCCAAUUAAUGAUGGGACAGUAGUCCCCAGACACUCUGAAUGUGUCUUGACUUUCCAGUGUUUUCCCUCCUGCAUGUAUUAUAAAGGAUUGUGUUUGUGGAUGUGUUUUCUGGGUGAGGGUUUGGUUUGUGCCCGAGCACAGUUGAUUCAAAUAACCAACUCAUCAUCAAGCUUUUCUUGAUGUGUGUUAGAGGACCUGAAAUCACAUGAGAGAAUAUAGAGGUUUUGUUCUGACUGUUGUUUUUGACUGAGAAUAUUUAUUGUUUUUCUCUUUUCCUUUAAUGGUUGAAAUGUUCCGGAUUCACUGACCUUCAUUUACAUUUAAGUCAUUUAGCAGACGCUCUUAUCUUAUGCGUUCACCUUAUGACAUCCUUCAUGUCUUAAAGUAAUGAUGGACUGUCGUUUCCCUUUGCUUAUUUGAGCUGUUCUUGCCAUAAUAUGGACUUUGUCUUUUACCCAAUAGGGCUAUCUUCUGUAUACCCCCCCUACCUUGUCACAACACAACUGAUUGGCUCAAAACGCAUGAAGACAUUUCACAAAUGAACUUUUAACAAGGCACACCUGUUAAUUGAAAUGCAUUCCAGGUGACUUCCUCAUGAAGCUGGUCGAGUCAUCAAAGGCAAAGGCUGGCUACUUCGAAGAAUCUAAAAUAUAUUUUGAUUUGUUUAACACUUUUUUUUUGGUUACUACAUGAUUCCAUAUCUGUUAUUUUAUAGUGUUUG